AUGGCUCAGGACAGGUAUGAGAAUUCUUCUCCAAAGGCCGUAUUAAUCCCCUUUAUGGCUUGGCGUAGUAGGACCCAAACCCUCCUUUUGCCUGCCGAAGGCUCUGGCGUUCCCAGCUGCUCAAUACUGCAGGCUGGUUACAUCUUCAUGGUUGUCCUUCUUGUGCCACUGUCCUCUGCCUCUGGCUGCCCAGUUGUUUGCAGCUGCUCCUCAGGGGAGGUAGACUGCAAGGACCGCCAACUGCUUCUGGUGCCUGACGACCUGCCAGCCAACUCCACCACCGUCCUGCUGGACUACAACAGCAUUGCAGUUCUCCAUAACCACGUCUUCAUGCGCCAGCCUCUGCUGCGACGCCUGAGCCUUCACAGCAACAUCAUCAUGAGUAUCCACAGCCAGGCUCUGGUGGGCCUUGGUAAGCUUCAGGAGUUGGACCUGAGUGGGAACUCCCUGAGCAUCCUGCUGCCAGAGACAUUCUUCCCUGUGCCACAUUUGACGGUGCUCAAUCUGGGGAACAACAAACUUGUAAGUCUGGACCCUGAGCUUCUGGGGGCCCUCCCCUACCUCCAGACACUGUCCUUGCAUGGCAACGCUUUGACCUCGCUCUCUUCGGCCUUCUUUGAGAACCUGCCUGCCUUGCACACUCUCAGGCUUGAUGACAAUUCCUGGGUGUGCACCUGUGGCAUCCAGCCCCUCUCCCAGUGGCUCACUGAUAAUGCGGAUAAAGUCCCAGAUUUGAAAUCCAUCUCUUGCAAACUCCCAGCUCGCCUUGCCCGAUAUCCCAUAAUUGACAUUGGAAACAAAUCUUUUGCUCACUGCCACGAGCCCUGGUUGCUCCCUCAGGAUUAUGCCUUUUUCCUGCUCAUCGGCCCAUCCUGCUUCCUAGGCAGCAUCUGCAUCUGUUUCCUCGUUGGCUUAAUAGCAGCGGCCUGCACAAAGAUGUGGAUGGGGUCGCACAAGUACCAGGGGCCCCCAACGACACGUGCCGAACGCCAGCGCAUUAGUAGACCUGCCUACAGAUAA